GAGCUUGAACUCACCUUUGAAUUUGACAUCAUGUGAUCUGCCAUCUUCACUGUUACAGUGGAUUUUAGAGUGGACAAAUGUUUCAUUUCCACUGUAAAAAUGCUUAACACUGGUCAUGUCACAGCCUUUACCCUUCCAAAUGUUUAAUUGUCUGUCAUUGUUUUAUUCUAACCAUAGCUUGAGUGAAACUGUGCCCUCGUGUGUCGAUAAUGAGGAUGUGCAGUUUUGAGGACAGCUUGGGAAAUGAGAGUAGCAUGUUCACUGCUCUCCGGUGACUGCACACAACAGUAUCGUUGUCAAUCAGGUAGAGGUGAUGGUUACUGUUUUCAGACGAGAGCUUCUUCAUGAAGCAGUUGCACAGUUCAGGGUCCCAGCAUGCAGCAGGAGCUGUGGCUGCGAGCAAAAUCUCAGGUGCUGUCCUCCCUCAAGCCUGUGUGCGCCCUGAGAGCAGUGUCCACAGACCCACCCCACCCUGCAAGCGCCGACCCCCACUGCUACACCAGAGCCGCUGACCUGACCCACAGCCCCCUGGCCAAGAUGUCCAACAGCGCCCCGUCUCCCCGCAAUAGCCCCAACGUGCCCCCCCACCCCCCGGCCCUCCCGAGAACGCCCAACCUUGGCCUCAGGACCAGAACGCUUAACCACAACGUCCAUUCACACACCCACUACCACAACAACAGAGAUAAUGGCGUCAAAGCAGAGUUCAACCGCAGCUGCUCGGCCGAGGGCCCCUCGGGGCCACAGGCCAACCCUAUCAAAGCCUCCAGGACCCAUCAUGAGCUGCAUAAGGAACUGCUGCUAGCCCACAAAAAGGGUAAGGCCCUGUGCAGUAAGCCUGAGCUGCAGCAGGUGCUUGAGAGGCGUAAGAAGGAGCAGACUCAGAAAGAGGAGGGAGACCAGGCCAGGACUCCCCUGGAGGAGGUGCUUCUGAAACGGCAGCAGAAAAACACUGAGAGGGAGAAGCACGAAGGGGAGAAAGUACAGGAGGAGGCCCAGCUGUUGGAGUUUGUCCGAGUCCGACAGAACCUGAAAAAGAUCCAGGCUUUCCACAAGGCCACAAACUCUUGAGUUAGUUGCGUGGAUGGGCUUGGAAAAGACUGACUGACACGGAGUAGACUGUUGUACUGUAUGUUGCCUGGGAAAGGACAUAAAUCAGCAUUGACUCUCUCCCAACUUCUCCAAAAUGGCUUCCUUACACUGUCCCGCACAUUGACAAUACUGCGUUUGUGUGCAGAGUCAGAAACUCAAACAAUAUCACUGGUUCGAUUUGAAGGCAUAAGGAUACCUUGAACAUGGAAAUAUUUUAAGCCAAGGAGAAACAUCGACAAAUGUUCUCAUUUGAACUAGUUGUGGGGGAAUAAAAAAAACAAUAUUGCUGUUCAAUGGAUCAGUCGAAAGGGUGUGGAUCUAUGGUUGGGAUGUUAGGACUCAAGACAGUAUUCAGUCAAUUGCGAAUAUAAAACUGUACUUUAGAAUGGAGAAAAAUGCAGUAUAAAAAAGACACUUGUAGAUGUUGUCCUUUGAGUUUGAUCAUGUAUACAGUACCAUUUUCUUGCCUUUUUGCUGUGGAGCUCAAAUUAGCCAAUGUCAGUAUUGUGAGUUUAGGCAUGCGUCUCUAUCAGUCUCUUUCAGUCAGAUAGGGGAAAAACUUGGGUUGUUACUUUUUCCUAUGUCAGACAAAUGAAAAUAUUGGGUUUGAAAAACUUGACAAAUUAAAUAAUAAUUUUUAACAUAUUGUUGUAAAGCACGGCCGGUGCUAUAUCAUGCAUGUCAAUUAAUGAAGUAACUUAUGUUCCUAAAAUGUUUCAUCUAACUCUAAAUAAUGGUAUAUUUUGUGUUUCUUUAUUCCCAUUAAUAAUUUACUGUGUUCACUUAUUCUACAGUACCUAACGGUAUUUUUAAUGCUUUUGAAAGGCCCUGUAGUUAUGCAGAUGAUGUUUCUAAAUCAUUGCACUUACAGUAUACAGUGUGUAGGCAUUUGAUACUGUAGACAAUAGACAUACCUUGUAAGCUAAAUAAAUAAAGAUACACGUUUGUAUUAGUUAGAAGUCAUUGAAAUAUAGCCUAUAGGAACUAAGCUCCUUGAUGCAUUGAGUAGCCUAUCUAUGUAAAUUUUGUUGGGUCGCCCAAAACUUUAAAUAUUGCAGUUUUAAGUGGCCAAUGAUGACCACCUUGACAAAAGUGAUC